AUGGGAAAUACAAUUCAGCAACCCCCUCAGCUUAUUGACUCGGCGAACAUCAGACAGGAUGGCACCUGUGACACUGGUAGUGACCCCGGCGAGGAUGGGCCCUCAUACAACACUGCCCUGGAUGCUGAGUUUUCCUACCCCUCGUCAGCCUCAGAGGACAUGCCUCAGGUCCCCAACGGUUACCCGGCCAGUUUGGGUCUCUACGAGCCGCAGGCAAAGUUCUCGUUGUACUCGCAGUUCCCAAACGGCUCGGCUAACGGCUACGGGGCCAUACGAGGCUACGGCGAGCACGGCCUGUUGCCCGGGGAGGGGACGGUGUUGAGGGGACCAGGGCUCCAGGAUAGGCCGCUGUCCCCCGUGUCGCCUCCUCUCCCCACGCACCAUUCGCACAUCCACCACCAACACCACAUCCACGCGCAGCACGCAUCGCACUACCAGCCGCACAUCCAUCAGCACAGCUCGCCGCCGCCUCAACUGCACCUGUCGCACACGCCGCACAUCAUGAGCCACGCGCUGCCCCCGCCCCCGCCCCUGCACUUGCCCUCGUCCAGCCCGCCACCUUCCCUGGUGGACAGCACGCCCUCGCCACAGCCCGCGCACCCACUGCCCGGCGCCCACAGCGGAGUCCUGAAGAAGACCAGCUCCCCCGAGAUCAAGCUGAAGAUCAUCAAGACGUAUCAGAACGGGAAGGAGCUGUUCGAGUCGGCGUUGUGUGGAGAUCUGCUUCAGGAGCUGCAGGAGUCGCAGAAAAAGCCAACUGGUCCGAUGCAGCGCAGACACGACAGGAAAAAGGAAAAGCGGAAAAAGACGGCCAAGCUGCAGCCGCCACAGGUUCCUCUAAACAGUCUGGAGCCGUGUCCCCAUCAGAGCAGCAGCAUGAGCCCAGAGGAGGAGCCACACGUCCUGCUCCCACAGAGAGAGGGGCCCAGCGCACACACAGGGAAGCCUCACAAGACGGUGAUCCGAGCAGAACCAAAGACUCCCAAAGCGAAACCACAACAGGUGGUCAAAGUUCACCAUCCAUCGGUGAUCCAGGAAACGGGCUUCUGUAAGGAGUUCGUGAUCGGAGACCUGGUGUGGUCGAAGGUGGGCACUUACCCCUGGUGGCCGUGCAUGGUCUCGUCCGACCCCCAGAUGAAGGUGCACACCCGCAUCAACACGAGAGGGCACAGGGAGUACCACGUGCAGUUCUUCGGGAGUGUAGCUGAACGCGCCUGGAUCCACGAGAAGAGGAUCGUCACGUACCAGGGCAAGCAGCAGUUUGAGGAGCUUCAGGCCGAGACGCUGCGCAAGGCCUCCAACCCCGUGGAGAAACAAAAGCUGCUAAAGCCCAUCCCUCAACGAGAGCGCUCGCAGUGGGAGGUCGGAGUGGGCCAUGCUGAAGAAGCCUUUAAGAUGACGCGACAAGAGCGAAUCGACAACUACACUUUCAUCUACGUGGACCCGGACCCCGACGAACCCCCGCCCUCCAAAAAACCCACUCUGAAGCCGGAGAAAUGCACGCGGAGGUCCAGCGGCUCCACAAACCGACGGGAGGAGACCGACGUGAAGUCCCCGGAACGAGAACCGGUCCCACGGCGCCUCCAGCCUCGCCGACAAUGCAGCGUUUCAAACACGGACAAUAACCAGUCUUCGAACGACGAGGCCAGUCCCAAGGAAGAGCCAAACUCCCCCAACCACAAAACGGCCGCAGAGGAAUCGCCGCCACCGGUCCGAGCCUGGAAAACGGCAGCCGCAAGGAAACUUUUACCUCUCUCCAUCACCAUGAAGAGGUUAAACGUGGAGAUUACAAAGUGUGACUGGCCUCUGCUGCAGAAGAAAACAGUAACUUUGCCGAAAAAGGAGGUAGAGAAUGAAGAGAUCGAAAACGAGGAACCAGUGGAGAAGGAAUUGAGGCAACCAGAUCUGGGGUACUGCUCUCCAGAGGACUGUCAGGCGAAACCAGAGGCGAGUCCUGAGGAAGAGGAGGACGAAGAGGAGGUAGAGGAGGAGGAGGUGGACGAGAGGAGAGAUUCCCCCGUGAGUCAAAGUCAAAGUGAAGCAGGAGUGCAGCCGAGCUCUUCCCCCGGCUCUCCACACAGCAGCCCCCACGGUUCUCAGGAGAGAAAGUUGCAGCGGCGGUCGAUACGAAGCAGAUCUGAGUCAGAGAGGAGCAGUGACGUCGUCCCCAAGAAGAAAACAAAAAAGGAGCAGGCUGAGAUGGCCCCAGAGACAACUCAGAAAACCGGUUCACAAAAAGGAGCCAGUGAAAUCUCAGACGCCUGUAAACCUCUGAAGAAACGAAGCCGAGCGUCCACCGAUGUAGAAAUCACUUCCUCUCAGUACAGAGACACGUCAGACUCCGAUUCCAGAGGCCUCAGUGAUCCUCAGGGCUUGUUUGGGAAGAGUCUGGACAGUCCGGCAGCAGCAGACGCAGACGCCUCAGACACUCAGUCGGUGGACUCUGGUUUAUCGCGGCAGGACGGCAGCACGGGGAAAAGUGACACUGUCUGUCAGAUUUGUGAAGUGCACGGAGAGGGCCUGGUUGUGUGUGAAGGAGACUGCAGCAGACACUUCCACUUAGACUGCCUCGGCCUGACGUCUUUACCCGAAGGCCGGUUCACCUGCUCAGAAUGCAGAAAUGGCAAUCACCCUUGUUUCAGUUGUAAAAGCGCGGGCUCGGAGGUCACUCGCUGCUCCGUGUCUGGAUGCGGCUGUUACUAUCAUAAAGACUGUGUUCAGAAGCUGCCAGGGACCACCCCCGGGCAGGAGGGGGGCUUCUGCUGCCCCCAACACUGCUGCUCCACCUGCUGCCUGGAGAGAGACCUGCAGAGAGCCUCCAAAGGGCGUCUGAUGCGCUGUAUCCGCUGCCCGGUGGCGUACCACACUGGAGACAGCUGUGUGGCCGCAGGGAGUGUGGUGCUGACCCAUCACACCAUGAUCUGCAGCAGCCACAGCGGCAAGAAGAACGGCCUCCUCACCUCACCCGUCAAUGUGGGCUGGUGCUUCCUGUGCGACAGAGGGCUGUUAGUGCAAGACCUUACUGACACCAUAUUAAGUUCAUAUGCCUAUAAGUCCCACUACCUUCUGACUGAGUCAAAUCGUGCUGAGUUGAAAUUACCUAUGAUUCCCUCUCCUUCGUCAGCUACCAAAAAGAAUAUUGGGAAAGGGGGAAAGCUGCUCUGCUGUGAUUCAUGUCCGGCCUCCUUCCAUCCGGAGUGUUUGGAGAUGGAGCUUCCAGACGGGCCCUGGUCCUGCUCCAACUGCAAGGCUGGGAAGAAACCGCAUUACAAACAGAUUGUCUGGGUCAAACUGGGCAACUACAGGUGGUGGCCCGCGGAGAUCUGCAAUCCUCGUCUGGUGCCGUCAAACAUCCAGAGCCUCCGUCACGACAUCGGCGACUUUCCCGUCUUCUUCUUCGGCUCUCACGACUACUACUGGAUCAACCAGGGCCGUGUGUUUCCUUAUGUGGACAACGAUAAGAACUUUGUCGCUGGUCAAGUUAACGUCAACAAAACGUUUAAGAAAGCUCUUGAAGAAGCAGCGCGGAGGUUUCAAGAACUCAAGGCUCAAAGAGAGAGCAGAGAGGCCUUGGAACAGGAACGCAACUCUCGGAAACCCCCACCGUACAAGAUCAUUAAGUCCAAUAAACCGGUGGGGAAAGUCCAGAUGCAUGUUGCGGACUUGUCGGAAGUCCCUCGGUGUAACUGUCGGCCGUCGGACAAGCGUCCGUGUGGCCUGGACUCGCAGUGUCUGAACCGCAUGCUGCAGUACGAGUGCCAUCCACAGGUGUGUCCCGCGGGCGAGAGCUGUGAAAACCAGUGCUUCUCCAAACGCCUUUACGCCGACACCGAAGUCUUCAAGACCGACAUCUGCGGCUGGGGCCUGAAAACCAACCAGGCUCUGAGAAAGGGGGAUUUUGUGACUGAAUAUGUGGGAGAAGUGAUCGACUCGGAGGAAUGCCAACAGAGAAUCAAACUCGCCCACGAAAACCACGUGUCCAACUUCUACAUGCUCACGCUCACAAAGGAUCGAGUGAUCGACGCCGGUCCAAAGGGAAACUCCGCUCGCUUCAUGAACCACAGCUGCAGCCCCAACUGUGAGACGCAGAAGUGGACGGUCAACGGAGACGUGCACAUCGGCCUCUUCGCUCUGACUGACAUCGAAGCUGGCUCAGAGCUGACGUUCAACUACAACCUUCACUGUGUGGGGAACAGGAGGACGUCGUGUCACUGUGGAUCCGAUAACUGCUCCGGAUUCCUCGGGGUCCAGCCAACUAGUGCACAAGUUAUUGAAAAAGAGGAGAAGGCUAAAAACUCCAAGUUAAAGCCCAAGAAGAGGAAGCUCCGGCCGGAAGGAAAGCAGCCGCACGAGUAUUUCUGCUUCUGCUGCGGGAAAGGCGGAGAACUUGUCAUGUGCGAUCGCAAAGACUGUCCCAAAGCCUACCAUCUCCUGUGUCUCAGCCUCAACAAGCCUCCAUACGGGCGGUGGGAAUGCCCGUGGCACGACUGCAGCGUGUGCGGCGCCGCGGCCUCGUCCCAGUGCGACUUUUGCCCGCGCUCCUUCUGCCCCGAGCACGACGACAACUCCCUCAAAGUCUCCUCCCUGGACGAGCGCCUGUGCUGCUCCCACCACAGCCUGCGGGACCCCCUGGGCACCGCCACGCGCCCACGCACUUACGCCCGCGUCAAAGAGGAGCCCACGGAGACGGCGGACUCCAAGUGA